AUGCCUCCCUUACGAGAGAAGAACCGGCUCUGGGCAAGCAUUGCCCCUCCAAGCAAUGCAUCUCAACCCCCCUGCUCCUCUCAAUCUUUGGUACCCACGGAUCGUCACUCGACUUCUCUGAGACUGCUAUUCAAGGACACGGAGCGACUGCUCCAAGACUUCUCUAGCCAACAUGAGAAGCUCCUAGCUGGGACAUCCGAUGCUCUCAAGAGCAUGACCGGUCUGGAUGAAGCUCUUCUAUCAUCCCGUCAAGAGGCUGUAGCUGAGAUAAAGAAUAUUGCGAGUCUGCAGCACCUUUCUUUGAGGGAGCAGCUAAACGAGAUCGGCUCUGCGGUCACGGGACUAUCUGAGGGAUGUGGCAAGAUCAAAGAGACAUUGAACGGCUUGGACGAGGUGCUUGGGAGACGCAUUGCGGAUACUCUUGAAGUUUUCCACAAACGUCUGGACGACAUGGGCGAGAAGCAAGAGUUUAUUCUGGAAACAGUCAAAGACAUAAAACAUCAACUGGAUUCAGAGGUGCUUCCGGCUCUUCCAAAGCUUGACGAUCUUCCUUCACUGCUGGAUGGGAUUUUUGAGAAGAGAGAUGAGGCAGCUCAGACGACAAGGAACGAUCUGAUGUCCAAGCUCGACGAACUAAGAGCAUUGGUCAGGCCAUCACAACGCUUGCCCAUACCUCUCGUCUCUGAAUCUGUUUCGUCUUCUCUGCCGUUCAAUGCUCAGUCUGCUUCGCCAACCCCUGUUUCUGUGCGGAAUCGUGUUCCGUAUACCCAGGAUUGCUCCUCUCCCUCUUCGUCGCCGACUAGAGUUCUUCCGAGCCUUUCAUCCUCUCCCAUCAGCUGUCAUCCCCGUGGGAAGGUCUCGGAGAUCAACGCCCUACGUGACACACUUUCUCAUUUGACUGUUGCCUCUCGGAGUCCUCCCGAAAGUCGACGUCCGCGCGCUGUAUCUCACCGAUCUGAACGACCGAUACCCCCUGCGCCCAAAGAUGGGUUCACUGAAGCGUUAUCACAACUCUAUACCGCACCAACAUCAAGAGAGUUGCUGUCUUCAUUGCCCAGUCUUUCGUCAUUUCCGUGGAGCUCUAGCCAGCUGGCGCCCUCUCUUUCGUCCUCAUCCUCCUUACCAUCAACUGAUUCGCAGAUCUCUUCCCUUGAGGACUCUCCCCCGUCGAGCUAUUUACGAGAUAGGGGCGAUAUGCCGAACGUCCGUGUGCCGCAAAGGAGGAAACUAAACCUCCCAAAUACCCAUAUGCAAACAUCUCCGAAAACAUUCAAAAUCAAUCAACAUCAGGAUCUACAGAAAGAUCGCGACAGUGCAGGGCCAGGCUUAGAUUAUAUUCGUGGGAGCAGUGAGACACGCAUGCUUCUCGUCGAUCCGGAAGAAGAGAUCGAUUUCGACUGGGGCGACGAUAAUGAUAUGGAAUGGGAUUGA